CCCCCACCAGCGUGGGACAGUCCCCACAUGUCGGUGGCAGCAGGGGUGACGCCAAGGUCUCUGCUGCUGGUGGCAGUUGUGGCAGGCACUAUAAGAGGGGCAAGCAGCUGUGGCACGGCCGCUCGGGACUGCACGACCAUGCUGGGGGCUCUGUGUCUCGCUGUGCUGCUUGGCUAUGCCUACGGAUGCGGUCAGCCGGCUGUGCCGCCACUGCUGGGCACCCGCGUGGUGGGCGGUGAAGAUGCUCGGCCCCACAGCUGGCCUUGGCAGAUCUCGCUGCAGUACAGCCGCAACAAUGCUUGGCACCACACGUGCGGCGGGACCCUCAUUGCCCCCAACUGGGUGCUGACAGCCGCCCACUGCAUCAGCUCUAGCAUGACGUACCGCGUGGUGCUGGGCAAGCAGGUGCUGUCGCAGGAGGACGAGCCGGGCUCGCUGGCCGUGGGCGUUGAGAAGAUGAUUGUGCACGAGAAGUGGAACUCCUUCUUAAUCAUCAAUGACAUCGCGUUGAUCAAGCUGGCGCAGGAGGUGGAGGAGAGCGAGACCAUUCGUCCCGCCUGCCUGCCGCCCGCCGGCCUGGUGCUGGAGAACAACUACCCCUGCUACGUCACCGGCUGGGGACGCCUCCGGACGAAUGGGCCUCUGGCUGACGUCCUGCAGCAAGCCCUGCUGCCCGUGGUGGACCACGCGACCUGCUCCAAGCGAGACUGGUGGGGCAGCACGGUGCGCACCACCAUGGUGUGCGCCGGCGGCGAUGGCGUGGUCUCCGGCUGCAAUGGGGAUUCGGGCGGCCCCCUGAACUGCCAGCGCAACGGGCUCUGGGACGUGGACGGCAUUGUCAGCUUUGGCUCCGGGCUGAGCUGCAACAUGAUCAAGAAGCCGACGGUGUUCACGCGGGUGUCUGCCUACAUCGACUGGAUCAACGAGAAAAUGAGCACGAACUGAGGCGGCGGCGCGUGGUGCAACAGAUCUCAAGCGUGAUAAAGGCAAAAGUGCUGAGAGGA